AUGGAGCAAGAUGAGGUGCAAGAUGCCGAGGACUUUGAUCCUACAGAGGUGUUCACCGUAGAAGAUAUGCUAGCAGAGGAUGGAAUCUUAGAAGAUAUGAUACAAGCGGAAUUGAAGGCCUACAUCGAUGGAGAAGCAUCAACAGUAUCUCGCCGUCGCCGACAAACUGGACCGCGCAGGCCUGGGUCCUGGGAUCCCGAGGUUCCGCCCGGUCGCCGACGGCGGCGCAGCUGCUGCUGCCGUCUCGCCGUGAGGCGCGGCGGCGAACGCACGAACCACCACUGCGACUGCGAGCCAUCGUCCCACUACCACGCGAUCGCAACUAGUGCCGUCGCAUUAGCUGGAUUGCCGAACAACCUCCGCGCCCGCUACGGCGCGGGCUUGGUACUUCUGUCCAUGGCGGCAGACGUCUCGACUCCCGGCGGCGGCGCGUAUGGAAGAAGGUCGCAAACCCAUGGGAUGAUUGUUUCGCCUGGACUCGCGGCCGUGCGGGACCAGGCAAGCAGUGGCAUCCACGAACCAAUUGGGUUAGCUGGAUUUUGUUUAUUGGGAUUCAUUUCGACGACCUUUAAAGGGGUGGGGUGUACAGCCAUAGGAUUAUUGUUACCAGACUUCAGAUAUGAUGCACUGCUACCUGGAUUGCCAGGACGGCCUCUGGUGAGAACUUUGAAGGACUAG